AUGGUCUCCAUAAUUAAAUCGCGGCUUCCGCACCCGCUAGAUCCUCUUUCCACAGACGAGAUUGCCAUCGCCAUCGCCGCAGUCCGCAAGCACCAUGGCGAAUGCUUCUUCAACGUCGUCUCGCUGCACGAGCCACGCAAAGCCGAAAUGCUGAAAUGGCUGGAGAGUGCGCACUCUCCGGCCAGCGAGUCACUACGUCCGGCGCGUGUGGCCAAUGUAGUCGUGAUUAUUCAGGGCGGCAAGGUCUAUGAUGGUCUUGUAGAUAUCAAGAGCGGAAUUAUUAUAAAAUUGGAGCUUAUGGAGGGGGUUCAACCUAUUCUCACGAUGGAGGAUCUUCAGAUUGUUGAGCAUAUCUGCCGAACAGAUCCCAAGGUCAUUGAGCAGUGUGAAAUCUCCGGCAUCCCUAAGUCCGAUAUGCAAAAGGUCUACUGUGACCCGUGGACGAUUGGCUAUGAUGAGCGCUACGGCAAUAAUGUCCGUCUGCAGCAAGCUCUUAUGUACUACCGUCCUGAUGUCGAUACCUGCCAGUACCAGUACCCGCUGGAUUUCUGUCCAAUCUAUGACGCUAACAAGCGAGCUAUUAUUGACAUUGACGUUCCCAAGAUUCGCCGACCUCUUAGCAAAGCUGUUCCAAUUGACUACACGCCUAAGGCUGUAGCUAUGGCCGGUGGAUAUAGGACAGACUUGAAGCCUAUUAACAUUACGCAACCCAAGGGCGUCUCGUUCAAAAUGGAUGGCAGAGAGCUAGAGUGGCAAAACUGGAAGUUUCAUAUUGGAUUCAAUUACCGAGAGGGUAUUGUGUUGAACAAUAUCACAUAUAAUGAUAAGGGAAACCGCAGGCCAAUCUUCUACCGUCUGUCACUCGCCGAGAUGGUGGUGCCUUAUGGAAACCCAGAACAUCCCCACCAGCGCAAGCACGCCUUUGACCUGGGGGAAUAUGGUGCAGGCUACAUGACCAACUCCCUUUCUCUAGGCUGUGACUGCAAGGGGUCAAUUUAUUAUCUCGACGCCGACUUCCCUACUCGUGAUGGCUCUAUCCGCACUAUUAAGAAUGCGAUCUGUAUUCACGAGGAAGAUGCCGGGAUUCUCUUCAAGCACACAGAUUUUCGCGAUGACUCUGUCAUUGUUACGCGUGCUAGAAAGCUCAUCAUUCAGCAAAUCUUCACCGCGGCCAACUACGAAUAUUCUUGUCAGUGGAUCUUCCAUCAAGAUGGCACCAUCCAGCCCGAGAUCAAACUCACCGGUAUCCUCAAUACAUACGCCAUGAACGUCGAUGAAGACGCCGGCCCAUGGGGUACCCAAGUCUAUCCUGGAGUUAACGCUCAUAACCACCAGCAUCUAUUCUGCUUGCGUAUAGACCCUAUGAUAGAUGGGCAUAAUAACACGGUUAAUAUGGUGGAUACGGUGCCUAGUGAGGCUCCUGUUGGAAGUGAGGAUAACUUCUAUGGCAAUGCCUUCUAUGCGAAGAAGACUAAGCUUGACACAACUGGUAAGGCCAUGACCGAUUAUAAUGGAGCGACGAGCAGGACAUGGGAGAUCGUCAAUGAGUCAAAGCUACAUCCUUACAGUAAGAAGCCUGUGUCGUAUAAGCUAGUGAGUCGAGAAGUACCGGGGCUUCUACCCCAGAAGGAUAGUCUUGUGUGGAAGCGAGCUGGCUUUGCCCGCCACGCUGUGCACGUCACUAAGUACUCUGAUGACCAGCUGUGGCCCGCUGGCUGCCACGUCCCGCAGACUUCAGGAGAGCCAUCGAUGGGCAUCCCCCAAUGGAUCGGUGACGGCACCGAGUCUGUUGUUGACACUGACAUUGUGUUCUGGCAUACCUUUGGUGUCACGCAUAUCCCGGCCCCAGAGGACUUCCCUAUUAUGCCCGUCGAACCAAUCACGCUAUUGCUCCGACCCCGCAACUUCUUUAGCAAUAAUCCUGCUAUGGAUGUUAUGCCAAGCUACUGUAGCACACCGAGCCAGGUUGCUGGGAAGCAAGAUGGCAUUCUAAACACUACUGACAAGAUGAGCACGCUUGCGUUUUCAAACGGAACUGGGUCAUCAUCGGGGUGCUGUAAGCCGUAACUUGGUAAUCUUCUGCAAACCCUCACUAUCCAGGAAAUCAAAUAUUACUGCAUGACCACCC